GGGUUUGAUAGAUUACAGCCUCUGGUCCUACACGGGAGGACCAAGUGGAAUUGGUUGAACUGUCUUAUAUCCUUUUGCUCCCCACCCCCAUCACAGCCCCUCCUCCUUUAUAGUUUCCAAGCGGUAAACCUCUCAGUUCCCAGUGACUGCCUUGGUUCUGGGGGGAAGACUGUUGGGGAGAUUCAGGAUGGUCGCUUCAGGAGCUCUGGUCUUUCUGAUCCUCCUCACCCUCGGGGAGACCUCUGUACUCACGGUACGGGGUCAGACCACCCCUCAACCGGCGCCCACUGCCCACAAACCGGCCGGCCGGGAGAUAGCCAACGCCAGCGGCUGGAAUCGGAACGGGAACGGUUCGGAGAACCGGCCCCUGUGCACGCAGCGGACCGAGAUUAAGGGCACCUUCAAAUACAUCAACACCCUCGUCUCUUGCCUAGUGUUCGUGGUGGGGAUCAUCGGCAACUCCACCCUGCUGAGAAUUAUCUACAAGAACAAGUACAUGAGGAAUGGACCCAACAUCCUCAUUGCCAGCCUGGCUCUCGGGGAUUUGCUGCACAUUAUCAUCGAUAUCCCCAUCACCGUCUAUAAGCUCCAUGCUGAAGACUGGCCCUUUGGGGUGGAAAUAUGCAAACUAAUGCCGUUUAUGCAAAAGGCAUCUGUUGGAAUCACUGUUCUCAGUCUCUGUGCACUCAGUAUAGACAGGUAUCGAGCUGUGGCAUCCUGGAGCCGUAUUCAAGGAAUCAGAGUUCCCAUGUGGACUGUGAUUGAAAUUAUUCUCAUCUGGGUUGUGUCAAUUAUUCUGGCAGUUCCUGAGACUAUAGCCUUUGAUCUGGUAAAUACAGACUACAGAGGAAAGAAAUUCAGUGUCUGCUUGCUCCAUCCUGUUCAAAAAAGUCCAUUUAUGCAGUUCUACAAGAUAGCAAAAGACUGGUGGCUCUUUGCUUUUUAUUUCUGUAUGCCUCUCGCGUGCACAGCUCUGUUUUACUCUUUAAUGACUUGUGAGAUGCUAAGAAAGAAAAGUGGGAUGCAGAUUGCUCUGAAUGACCAUCUGAAACAACGUCGUGAGGUAGCAAAGACUGUAUUCUGCUUGGUGCUUGUUUUUGCCCUCUGUUGGCUUCCACUUCAUCUUAGUAGAAUUUUAAUGAAGAUAUUCUAUGAUGAAAAUGAUCCUAACAGAUGUGAACUACUGAGUUUUCUCCUAGUGAUGAACUACAUUGGCAUUAAUAUGGCUUCCCUCAAUUCCUGCAUCAAUCCGAUCGCACUCUACUUUGUCAGCAAGAGAUUCAAGAACUGCUUUCAGUCCUGCCUUUGCUGCUGGUUCCAGAGGAAGACAAUGAUGCACGUGUUGCCCUUGGAUGAAAAGCAGUCCUGCAUCAAAUGGAAGUCAAAUGGUAUCGACCAUGGGCUAGACCACAGUAAUUCACGUUCCAGUAAUAAAUACAGUUCAUCCUAAAACAGAGGCCGUGUUCCACACAUCCAUCUCCAGAAAGAAUGCUGGCAGUGCCAAAUACUGUGCAAAAAGAUCUUAUUGUUAUCACGAAUGACGAAAGUCCAAAUUGAAAAUCAUAGAGCUUUCCCAAAGAAAGGGCAGACGCUGCAGUCUAUUUGAGAUAAAUACAUCAUGUAAGGAAACACCCAUCUUAAAAACUCACGCAGCCUUUAAGCAUUCUCUGCAGCCUAAAGAGUAAAUAAGGAUGGAAGGAAAUGAAGACAGACCAGCUGAUAGGGAAAACCAUUGCUAAGGCACUUGAAUGGUCUAACUCUGCACUUUUGGGUCACCACAUCAUCCCAAACUCUUAAUCAUUUGCAAAAUGUAUUACAGAUUAAUGAGCCUGAGCCACAAGAUAAGAUAACCAGCUUUCAAGUAUCAUAUAUUAUUUGAUAAUACGUGGGUAUCAGUAAGUUAAAUAGGACAUAGUCUCUAGAUCCUCUUAACCUUUCACGAGCAAUGGUCAUAAAAUGGAUUUUGGGCCGGACCCAUUGCCCUUUUUACUUUAAUUGCAUUUUAUUCAUAAUUGCAUUUUACUCAUAUAGCUGCAUACAUGGUAAAGAUAAUCUAUAACACCAUCAUUGGAUGUUGCAUCAACAUCAUAAUGGCAUGUGAUACCAGUAGACACACAGCAAUUAUUUGUAUAAGUAAAGCACUUAAAUCACAUUAUUUAAAAAAUGCAACUGAGCUGUGAAUAGUCACACGUGCUUUGAAACCCAUAACAAAAACAUUGAUCCUCCGCAACAUUCUGUAACGAAGGUUUUGAUGUGCUGAAGUUGACCUUGUUAAUUUGCAUUGCUGUUCCUCAAUGAAUAUUCUCUCAUUGAAAGAAGAACUAGGAUGGAAAUUUCUUCUUGCUUUGCUAUUUGGAGGAAAAUUGUGAAUGCAGCAACAGCAAAGAUGUUUAAAAUUUCACUACAACUAGCAAAAAGGAAACUUGCCUCCCCCCCUACCCCACCUUCUGCCUGCUGUCAAUACCAUACAGCAAGAAUUAUGUUAGGACUUACAACUGUUAGGACUUAUCUUUUACCAUCAUGGCUCUAACCAUAAGUGCAAAAAGCUUCAUUUUCAUUGAACACGCCAGAUUUUCAGCAAAUUAAGUCACAUCUUUCCUGUCCAUUUUUAAAAUGCAUUUGACAACAAGGUUUUCAGUAUUAUUUUGUUAAAAUAGUAAAUGUAUAUUUUUAAAAAAUCAUUUCAAAAUACACAAUUAUUUAACAUUUAAUUAAUGCAUAGCUGGAUUCAGCGUUAUUACAUCAUUGAUGAGAAUUAAGUUCUUUCUGAAUUUCUUGUAUAUAUUGUUUAUACGACACCAACUUUCUUGAAUUGAGUUAGCUCUAGUGCAUUUCUAAAUAUAAAUUGUCCUGACUACAGUUUCCUUAUUCCAGCAAUUAUUUCUGCUACUCUUAUAUGCCAGAAAUGUAAUUGAAGCGAAUAAUUGUCCCACAUGUGAAAAUGUGACAAUAACGUUUUCAUUCUGAAAGUGACAUUUUAUGCUUAUUUUUCUCUUCUGUGUAUUUCUUAUAUUCAUUUUAUUGUAAAGCAUUGUGUUUUCUUUCUAAUGCCUUUAAUACAAUACAAAUGUGAAUGUUUCAUACAAAAUAAAUUGUGAUUUAUUAUUUUUGCCUUAAAUUUGAAACUAAUUUCUUCAGUGAGAAGAUUCAAUCAACAACGAAAUAUCAAUUUUUAUUUGAUUGUCCACCAUGUAAACUGCUACAAAAACAAAACUACAGUGUAAAUAAAUAUCAAACUGCAAUGUGAA